AGCGAAGGGACAGAGGAAAGACAGUAAUGAACUGCCAAAUGUGGGUUUGUGUGCCUGAACCAUUCUAGCAGAAGCUAGAGAACCGUUCUCCCAAGAAGUAGCUGCAAAUCUUCAGCAACAGCUUAAAGAAAAGUAAGAACUGCUAGGGAGAGGGGGAAGCUGUUGUUUGGAAGGUCUGUAUGUAAGAGCUCAGAAUAAGGCUUUUAGGUCAUAGAUGAUAUAAAAAUGGAAAUGAUUACAGUUGAUGUAUCUGCAGUAUUUCAAGAAAUGGGAGGAUAAACUUUACAACGUUUGUUCACAUGGAAGUUGUUCAAACUUUUUUUCUGUUAAAACUAGAGAUGAACUACUAAUUUUUGGGAGAGCAUGGUUCUUCAUGAACUCGGAUUCACGCUUGUUUUCUCUGAAAUGUUGUCCUAAAGAACUGGAAACAGAAUAUUCCUUCAUAUUGUGGUUCUUGUGAACUGAUAUCUACACAAAUUAGUGUAAAAUGUAUAAUUUUCUAUUCUGUGAAGCUUACUGGAGACAUCCAGAAACUACCUUAUGAAGAAAAAUGGCAGGAAGGGCUAAACCACAGUGACUCUUGCAUAUGAGUUUAAUUUUUUGAGAGAAACCUUUGUAAAGGGCUAAAUAAACAAGAUCUGUACAUACAGAAAGUUUUUACUUCCUCUUCACUCCUUUGCACCUGAGACGCAACUAAACUUGUCUGUCUGUUCUUGUGUAUUCCAGUAGGAGCCUAUCAGAGGACUGCAUUGAUUUGAAGCAAACUCUUCAUUAACAAGGAAAUCUGAAGACUUUUAUAGCAAAUCCGUCAGUGUCAGAAUGAACACAGAUAGCGGUGGUUGUGCUCGCAAACGUGCUGCAAUGUCUGUCACAUUAACAUCUGUGAAGAGGGUUCAGAGCUCUCCAAACCUACUGGCUUCAGGAUCUGAUUCUCAGUCUCCAGAUUCAGCUUGGAGAGCUUACAAUGAUGGAAGCAGAGAGACACUGAAUGGAGACAUUAGCAGUUCAUCUCUUACAGCAAAAGGUUUUAGAAGUGUGCGGCCAAACCUACAGGACAAAAAAUCACCAACUCAGGCACCUCUGCCACCUCCUAGAAAAGAAAGCUUUCAGAAAGCAAGAGUAACUAAUCACAAGAAUGCAAUUAAUCUCCAGACAGUAACAACUGAGCCAGCUAAACACCCUCCUACAGAUACUGGCUAUUACACUAACGAGAAGUCUGCCCAGAAGAUAAUAUCUUCUCAGAUAUCUAACACGAAUGUGUCCUAUGUACAAACAAUCACUAGACCGCUGACCGCUAUCUCCAGUGCAGGCACAAGCGCAGUAGCUGGUAUUAGUGCCACUCUCCAUCAAGGCCAAACGCAGCAGUCUCAAAAGCGGAGGGUGUCUACCCUUAAAUUAACCCGGACACAAGACCCAGCAAGUGGUGUUCACUGUAAUAUACAGCAACAGCUCAAGCCUGUUGAAGUGCCAAUAUUUUCACAAAGGCCUGUCUCACCUGCCUGUAACCCCAUGUCUGAGAUACACACAGCAUCUCUUUCCAUUCAGAUAGCUCCCAUCCCUGACAAUAAUGCAGAGCCUGAAAUCCAAGAACAUCCACCUAGUAUUUCUCCAGACACUUCAAAGAUGUCUUCAAAGGAUGUGGGACAAAAGUCUACAGUUCUUCCUUCUUCACAGGCUGCAGAAUGCCGUGUGCUUGGAAACCAGAAAGUAACUGCCCCUGUGAUGGAGGUAAAUGCUUCACAGACACACAGACAAACAACAACAGAAGCUUCUCCACUGCCUCUUCCUCCUCCUGUGGUACCAGUUAACAGAGCCUCUUUCUCACCAGACAGUGGCACCCAUCUAGUACCAUAUUCUUUGCCAACGCUUGAUGAUUUUUCACGCUUUUAUAAAACCCCAGCCCUUUCACAGUUUUCAUAUAAAUGCCCAUUCCUAGCUUCUGAAAAUACUAUCCACAAGAAUGAAACAGCCUCUGUAAGCACAGAUUCUGCCAUGAGUGAGUGCUCCUCCCGCACGAGUGAGUCCUCCACAGUCAUUCUAGAUGAGCUGCAGACUUGUAGCUAUGAUACUACUGACUGCUCUGAAACACCUUCCCCAACCUUGAGCCAGAUGUCUGCUGUGUCAGAUGGCACCACCUUAACCAACACUGCCGCCACUUCCAAUGCUCAGAUCACAGUGAAUGGGAACUCUGGCACUGCUGCCAGCCCAGUGAGUCACUUUCAAAGGCCUUUUUCCCCUUCUUCCGCUUACUCUCCACCAGCUUCUCUCAAUUCCAACCUUGUUAUCAUGCAGCAUGGCAGGAUGAUGGAGUCCACAGAGACAUACUCGCAACAUGUUGGCAGCAGCACCACCACCAGUACAAUACCAAUCUGUAAAUCCUUAGAGGAAGAAAAAAAAAUUACAGUCAUUAAAGCUCCACAUUAUGCAGGGAUUGGCCCAGUGGAUGAAUCUGGAAUCCCUACAGCAAUUAGAACGACAGUUGACAGGCCAAAGGAUUGGUACAAGACAAUGUUCAAGCAAAUCCAUAUGGUACAUAAGCCUGAUGACGACACAGACAUGUAUAAUACUGCAUAUUCAUACAGUACUGGUGGCUACAGUUCAUCCUUCUCUGCUCAGGCACACCCAGCUGCAAAGACACAGACAUACAGACCGUUGUCUAAAAGUGCUUCUGACAGCAGCUCCGAUGCCUUUAAGGUCUCAUCUCCUUUACCACCCCCACAUGUGCCACCCCCAGUCCCUCCGCAUCGUCUGCGGGAAAGGUCUAUACCAGAAAAAAAUGACUGGGAUCCUCCUGACAGAAAAGUAGAUACUCGCAAGUUCCGCUCAGAACCAAGAAGCAUUUUUGAGUAUGAGCCAGGAAAGUCAUCAAUCCUUGAACACGAAAGGCCGACUUCCUUAUAUCAUCACUCUUCAACAGACAGAGGCCUGGACAGGCCUUCCAGUUCUGCAAGUACUGCGAGUGACUAUAGGAAAAGGAGGAAGUCAGAACCUGCUGUAAGUCAUCAGAGAGCACACAGUGAUCAGAAUGCAAACAGGCCCAGCCUGGGCCGUACAGAUAUGCAAGGCCCAUACACCACCCUUAGAAAGCCUUUAACUAGCUCGUCUCCUUCUUCUCCAUCACGAGCAAAAGUAGACCAGGAAACUCCUGGAAACUAUUCUGCUUUCACCGAUGUGGGACAAUGUACUCCAAGGGACAGAAGAGGAGCUACAGAUAAAGAGAAACUGCCAGCUAGAGCUGUAUAUGACUUUAAAGCUCAAACUUCUAAAGAGCUGUCCUUUAAGAAAGGAGAUACUGUCUAUAUCCUCAGGAAAAUUGAUCAAAACUGGUAUGAAGGUGAGCACCAUGGAAGAGUUGGAAUAUUCCCAAUUUCUUAUGUUGAGAAGCUUUCUCCUCCAGAAAAAGCACAGCCUGCCAGGCCGCCUCCUCCUGCACAGAUUGGAGAGAUUGGAGAAGCUAUUGCCAAAUAUAAUUUCAGUGCAGACACAAAUGUGGAGUUAUCACUUAGAAAGGGAGACAGAGUCAUACUUCUUAAGCGGGUUGAUCAAAACUGGUAUGAAGGUAAAAUACCAGGAACCAACAGACAAGGCAUCUUCCCUGUUUCCUACGUAGAAGUUAUCAAAAAGAAUGCAUCAAAAAGUGCUGAUGACUACCCUGAUCCUCCUAUACCCCAAAGUUAUUCUAGUGACAGAAUACACAAUUUAAGUUCAACUAAGUUGCCUUUCCAAGCACUAUCCCCACCUCCCAGAUACCAUUUCUCCUCUUGGUCACCCAAUGAUCAAAAGACACUCCAGGAUGCCACUAGUGAUUCAUUUUCCAGGACGGAUGGUUUUUCACCUUCAAGCUUACGUAUCUUACCACCUCCACAAUUUCCAGGCAGUUUUCUUUGUGACUUAGAAGAACUCAGUUCUUUGGCAUUAACAUCCCAAUCUUUAGCCAUCUCCCCAAAUAGCAGCAUUCAUCAAGUUAAGGGAAAUGAUUUUAUUCCAAAUACAGAGAUCUCUCUGAGCUCCACUACAGCUCUUCCUCAGUCUUUUCUCGUAUCUGCCUCCAUCUCACCUUCAGCCAGUUCAUCUCAUGACUUAACAUAUAAGCAUGAAAGCAACAAUACUGAACUAAGAAAAUAUAAAGACUUGAGAACUGAAAAGCCAAGUACAUCUCUCAAGAUGCCUAGAGACUUGUCAGAUACUACCACAGAAGAUGAACAUGUUUUCUCUACCUGCAACAUCCCUUUGCUACAUAAAUGUAGUUCCAUCUCUCCCAUGCCAGAUGCAAAUGCUGAAAAUGAAGAUGAAAUCUGUACAGCAGAUCUGUCAAUUGACCUAGGAGAUCGGUCAGAGCCUCAAGAAUCAGAUUUCUACAGAGAAUCAGAAGACACAACAGAAGAACUGAUAAAACUCUAUAUAGAGGAGGACCUGAUACAUGACGAUUUAGUGUUUCCUGUAGGAAGUAGAGGAGAUUCCAUAGUAUGUUGUGAAGGAUGCACCUCACCGAGUAUCUAUAAGACAGCUCUGCUUUCUACGAAAACAUCAGAAGAGUCUGAUACUCCUUUCCACCUUCAUUCAAAUCUACCAUUUCACUCUGCCAACACACCAGCUUCUCACUCUGUUCUUACAGCAUCCCACUCUGCUGCUUCCCUCUCACCUCCUCUCAUUUCUAAACUUUUACAUGAACAGGAGAAAGAUUCACUGAAGGCUAAUUUAAAGAGAGAGAUAUUUGUUAUGGGUAAACCUCCUCGUAGCCCUGUGAUGACUAAGAGAUCCUGCAGCUCCUCUGUCAGAGGUCACAGCUAUUCACACAGGCCACAGCGCCCUGUGCUUGCUCAUGAAAACAUACACAGUGGGGGGGAACCGUUUCAGGCUCUAUAUAACUAUACUCCUAGGAACGAAGAUGAAUUGGAGCUCAGAGAGGGUGAUGUCAUUGAUGUGAUGGAAAAAUGUGAUGAUGGAUGGUUUGUGGGAACUUCAAGAAGAACCAAAUUCUUUGGUACUUUCCCUGGAAACUAUGUCAAGAGGCUGUGAAUUUUUUUCAUUCUUAUUUAUGCUGCAUCUCUGCAACAUAUCUGCAUAAAGCUGCUAGAAAACAUGCUACGCUGGCCUUCUGUUUUCUCGCUUGCAGUCUCAAAUAGAGGCCAUCCAGUUCAUCCUCAUCCCAUCCCAUCUGCCAAACCGUCCCAGCAGUAUUACAGCAACGACUACCGUGUGAAUAACUAAGCUUUUCUGAAACAAGAGGAAUCCUCCCUACCUAUAAGUACUCCCUGCUUUUAACUCUUUUUAUUUGAAACACGAUAGGAAAAGCCUGAUGAGAGGUACCCAGAAUAAUUGCUACGGUGGUGGGGGGUGUAAGGAGAGGGAGAAAGCCUUCCUGUUUGGGACAUUUGUGGUACUAUCAUGAAGUGCGAUGGGAAAACAAAAUUUUUCAGCACGCAUGUAUAACAGAGGGAAAGUUGCUGCUUACUAUUUAAGAAGAGAAAAAAAAAAAAAAAAAAAAAAAAAAAAAGGUGUUUUGAGUUUUCAUAUUCUUAUUAGCUUGGCAGCAUCUGUUGCUUUCACUUUGCUGUAUCACAGGUUUGCCUAUUGUACUGGUUUACAAUGACAAAUUAUAAUAUAGGUUUUUUGCCUGCACUUGUAUGUUGUAACUUAUGCACAGUGACUGUAAAAUCUCAAGCAAGUGUAGUGAAAAAUGGAAGAACUGCAAGUGUUCUGAUGGUGCAAUGGUAUUUGCUAAACCCUUUUUUCCCUAUUAAAGCUGCAGCGUUUUCUCUUCAAAGGUAAGAAGUGCAAGAGGUGUAAAACCUCAGGAAACAGGAUUUAAAGAAGAGACAGACAGUGAUAUAAGGACAGACAAUAACAACCUGCUGAUCAUAUGACAUUAAAUGGUUGUAAUCAAAAUGUUGUAAUAGUCAGCAGCAUGAAAUCUGAGAGGUUAGUGUUUUUAUGUACCACAGGCAUUUUAAGAAGCAGCAAGUAAACAGUGUUAGUGCAAAGGAUUGUUUUUCCUCUAACAUAGCCACUUGAAAAACAUUCACAAGUAUCAUGUACUGAUUUAUUUCACUAUACACACACACGUAUAUAUAUACACAUGUAUGUUAACAAAAUCUGAGUUACACUUUUUUUUUUUUUUUUAGGAAUUUAGUACAUUAAAAAAAAAAAUCACAAGUAUUAAAAUCAAUACGUUUGAGAGGGUUUGGGCUGUUGUUGGUCUUUUUUUUUCCUGAAUGAAUCAAGUAUUUGAAAACAGAUAUUCUCCAUACGCAACCAUAAGCAUAAAUAGCAUACUAAAUUAAGGCACAGGAUGAUAAUGACUACGACUUCAUGAAAAAAAAAAAAAAAAAAAAGAUUUUUUUUUUUCCAAGUCAGAUUUGUUUUCUUUGGCACCUUAUAGAUGGCAAAAGCUUCUACUGCAUUUCUCAUGGGUAAAGGACUGAAAUUAUCAACAUGUAUUUAGCCUCUGUAGCAUUUUGUACAUAUGUUUGCUUUUUUGUACAGAGCCAUUUGGUUGUCGAUUUAAAAGAAAAAAAAAUCAAGUUUCUUAUUUGAUCUUCACCCUCUUUACAUACAGAACAUUUCAAUGCAUUUUGCUUUACUUUCUCUAUUUACCAUAAGCACAUCCAAAUAGUGCAAUUCUGUAAGAUAGCAUUUUAUGCAAAAUUUUAUUAAUUAAAAUAUGGUUUACCAGCCAAAUCUAAAUGUACAUAUGUCUUUAUUACUGAGAAAUGUCAUUAAGACGAAGGUAAAGAAACAUCUUUGUGCAGCAUACCUUUAUUAUUGCAGAUUUAAUGGCAAAAGCUUUAUAUUUCAAAGGCUUUCAAUUUUAAACUAGAUCUGCAUGCAGCUUUGCUGUGAGAUUAAUUCCUAUCUUUGAUGCCAUUUAUGAUUGAAGACUUAAAUAUCUGUUGCCUGUGAUAUUUAAAAAGUACUGUUUCUACUCUGUAUCUGAUUUUAGAAAAAUACAGGUUUUUCAUACCUGGCUUUCAGGUAAUUGACUUUGAAUUCCUACAAGCAAAAGGUCUCUGUGUUUUUUUCUUGAAUAGACUUCUAAUAAAUUUUGCUUGGAGUACA